GCAAGCGCAUCUGGCCUCGGCGACUGUUGGAGCUGCUCGGCGCGCCCCAGAGCUGCCUCCAGGCGCUUGUGGUCUUCCUUCUCGUCUACCCCGGAGAAUUGAGGAUCCCGCCCCGAAUCCAGUCUCUUCGCGUCAGGAGUGCGCGGAGCUGGGAGCGGCUUGGCCAUGGCCGUGAGAAGGGACUCCGUGUGGAAGUACUGCUGGGGAGUUUUGAUGGUUUUAUGCAGAACUGCAAUUUCCAGAUCGAUAGUUUUAGAGCCUAUCUAUUGGAAUUCCUCGAACUCCAAAUUUCUACCUGGACAAGGACUGGUACUAUACCCACAGAUAGGAGACAAAUUGGAUAUUAUUUGCCCCAAAGUGGACUCUAAAACUGUUGGCCAGUAUGAAUAUUAUAAAGUUUAUAUGGUUGAUAAAGACCAAGCAGACAGAUGCACUAUUAAGAAGGAAAAUACCCCUCUGCUCAACUGUGCCAGACCAGACCAAGACGUGAAAUUUACUAUCAAGUUUCAAGAAUUCAGCCCUAAUCUCUGGGGUCUAGAAUUUCAGAAGAACAAAGAUUACUACAUUAUAUCUACAUCAAAUGGGUCUUUGGAGGGCCUGGAUAACCAGGAGGGAGGGGUGUGCCAGACAAGAGCCAUGAAGAUCCUCAUGAAGGUUGGACAAGAUGCAAGUUCUGCUGGAUCAACCAGGAAUAAUGAUCCAACGAGACGUCCAGAACUGGAAGCUGGUACAAAUGGAAGAAGUUCCACAACAAGCCCCUUUGUAAAACGAAACCCAGAUUCCAGCACAGACGGCAACAGCGCCGGACAUUCGGGGAACAACAUCCUCGGUUCCGAAGUGGCCUUAUUCGCAGGGAUUGCUUCAGGAUGCAUCAUCUUCAUCGUCAUCAUCAUCACGCUCGUGGUGCUGCUGCUCAAGUACCGCCGGAGGCACCGCAAGCACUCGCCGCAGCACACCAACACGCUGUCGCUCAGCACGCUGGCCACGCCCAAGCGCAGCAACAACAACGGCUCCGAGCCCAGUGACAUUAUCAUCCCGCUAAGGACUGCGGACAGCGUCUUCUGCCCGCACUACGAGAAGGUGAGCGGCGAUUACGGGCACCCGGUGUACAUAGUCCAGGAGAUGCCCCCGCAGAGCCCCGCCAACAUUUACUACAAGGUCUGAGGCUCCGGCUUCCUUCGCCCCAGAGGGACCUCGGCGCCCCUCCCGCUGAGGGCGGCCGCCGCCUUGUCGCCGCCCGGUCAGCACCGGCCCCUGACUGAGCCAGGCGCGGGAGCGGGAUCACGCCUCCGGGAAGAGCCCAGCUGGACAGCUUUCUAGUCUGUAGCAUUUCGGCCUUGGUGACCACAAACCCUCCCUGCGAGCCGGAAGACUGAGACGCCCGAUCGUGGGGACUGCUGCGCGCCCCGCGUCCUCAAAGCCAUGUGCGGCAGUCACUCAGGCCUCUGCCGAAGCCCAGGGAGGGCGCGAGGUGUGGACGAGAGGGCCGAGCGUCCGAAGGCGCUGCUGCCCAGGAGUCCUGCCCCGGGCGGGUCUCUCCCGCAGUGCACACUGGACUUGUCCCUCGGACCUCCGGCUAAGUAAGGUUCUCCGCGGUCCCUAGCGUUUAGUCCUCACUGUCUCACUCCUGUUGUCCGGGGCUCGGCAGCACCUCACCUGAGCUCCUCACCUGAGCUCCGCACCUGAGCUCCGCACCUCCACAUUCUGCAUCACUCACGGGACACUCGUGGCCGGAGCCCCGCUCCUGCCCCCUGCAACAACAGCUGGGGUCACGUGGGCAGUCCCCUCCAACCCUGCUCGCUGUAGGUGCCCCCCAGGCGCCAGGCGGUCAGCCAGCCGGGAGGACUGGGAGUUGGUGGCAGGGCCACAGGGAAAGGGCUGGCUGCGACUGCAGGUCCACGCUGCUGCCCCUGAAGUGGAAAGUGGGGGAGGAGAGAGAAGCGAGUAGGUCACAGCACUUUGGCUUUGCUAAGACUGACGGAGCCAGUAGACACAACACACGCAGGGGAUGGCGGUCGUGGGAGGCGGUCACUGUUACCAAACAGCAAUGUGCAGGGAAACCAAGUCCCUCUUCCUUCAGUGGGACAAAGCGGGGCACUGUUGGAGUGGAAGAGCCUGGCGGGGAGGGAGAAAGUCGGCCGCUGGCGACGCACUCGCACUCGGGCAGGACUGUCGUGGUACUGGCAAUAAGACAUACAGCGCUGGAGCUGUAGGAGAGUCGUCUGCUUUGGGUGAUGUUUUAAGCAGACUCAGCUGCUAUACUUGUCACAUUUUAUUAAACACAGGGAAAGCAUUUAGGAGAAUAGCAGAGAGCCAAAUCUGACCUAAAAGUUGAAAAGCCAAAGGUCAAACAGGCUGUAAUUCCAUCACCAUUGGCAUUAUUAAAGAAUUCUCAUAUGUAAAAGGUAGGUCAGAUUCCCCAGCCCCCCUAAAUGCCCCCGUCCCCACCCCCUCCCCCAAUUGAGCCUUACGACACUUUGGUUUAUGGCGGUGCUGUCUGGGCUGCUAGGCCACAGGGAGGUACUGCCGAGUCCAGUGCCCGGUGCUCGGUGUCAAAGUGAAGCACACAAGGCAAACCUCUUAGAGUCCUUAAGACGGAAGUGAAUUAUGAUGUCGAGGGGGAGAAGGAAGAUAGGACAUAUUUAUAAUAGGUGUAUAGAACACAAGGGAUAUAAAAUGAAAGAUUUUUACUAAUAUAUAUUUUAAGAUUGCACACAGUACACACCAGAAGAUGUGAAAUUCAUUCGUGGCAAUUAAGUGAUCCCAACGCUCAGUGCUUUAAGAAAUGAAAUGUAACAAUUGGAUAGCGACUUCUGGGAAAAACAAUACCACUCCAAAAAUAACAAUAAUGAGAGCAAAUACAAAAAUAACAGUCUUCGGAAAGCAUCUCACAGACUGUAGACUAGGAAAUACAAGCCCCAAACACCAGGAAGUCGAUGUGACUGCGUCAUCUAUUUAACAAUGACAAGAUGUUCCGGCAUUUAUUUUCUGUGUUGGGUUUUCCCUUGCCUUAUGGGCUGAAGUGUUCUCUAGAAUCCAGCAGUCACACUGAGGGAGUUUCGGUUGAAAGUCUGGCUGGGCUCCCUCCUCCUCUCCUUCCCCCCACCCCACCCUUCCAGAAACAAGAAGAGUAAACAGGAAACCUACUUUUUAUGUGCUAUGCAAAAUAGACAUCUUUAGCAGAGUCCUGUUACUAUGGUAACACUUUGCUUUCUGAAUUGGGAGGGAAAAAAAAAUGUAGCGACAGCAUUUGAAGGUUCUCAAACCUCCAGUGAGUACCUGCAAAAAUGAGUUGUCACAGAAAUUAUUAUUCCCUAUUUCCUGAACCUGAAAAUGAUGUUGGUCCAAAGUGCGUGUCUGUGUGUAUGACUGGGUAUGUGGUAUACAUGUGUACAUAUAUGUAUAAUAUAUAUCUCCAAUAUAUAUUAUAUAUAUCUAUAUCAUAUUUCUGUGGAGGGUUGCCAUGGUGACCAGUCACAGUACAUAUGUAAUUCUUUCCAUCACCCCAACCUCUCCUUUCUGUGCAUUCAUACAAGAUUUUCUUGUAAGCCAUCAGAAGUGACUUGUAGGAUGGGGGAGAGGGUCGAGGAGGGGAAAAAUGGGAAACAGUCUGAUUUUAAUGAAAUCCAAUGUAUGUAUCAUCAGUUGGCUACAUUUGGGUUAUAUGCUAAACUGUGAAAAAUCAAAUGAGUUGAUGAAGAGUUACCUGCAACCAAUUGAAAAGUGUUCUGCGAGUCUGUUUUGUGUCUGGUGCAGAAGAUGACAAUCUACCAACUGUCCCCUUAUUUGGAGUUGGUUCAGCUUUGGAAAGUUACUGUAAAUGCCUUGCUUGUAUUAUCGUCCCUAGUCACCUGACUUCGGAAUUUGCACCAUCGUGUUUAAGUGAAGAUGCUGUAAAUAGGUUCAGAUUUUACUGUCUAUGGAUUCGGGGUGUUACAGUAGCCUUAUUCACCUUUUUAAUAAAAAUACACGUGAAAACAAGACAGAAAUGGUUUUUCUUACCCAGAUUGUGUACAUAGAGCAAUGUUGGUUUUUUAUAAAGUCUAAGCAAGAUGUUUUGUAUAAAAUCUGAAUUUUGCAAUGUAUUUAGCUACAGCUUGUUUAACGGCAGUGUCAUUCCCCUUUGUGCUGUAAUGAGGAAAAAAAAUGGUAUAAAAGGUUGCCAAAUUGCUGCA